ACUACAUGUCACUAAUUGAGUCGUUUUUCGCCAUCUUAAUUAUUUUUUGAACCACUCUCAAUUUAACAAUUCCAAAUAUAAAAUCUACUCUGUUUAUUGCUUAUGUGGCAAUACCGUGUAUAAUGUAUAAUUUAUGCGAGUUUUGAGAAUUAAUAAUUAUUUACUUAAAAAUUAAAAAUAAACCCUCAUAAUGAAACACUAAUUAAUAAAAUAAUAAUAUAUGCAAUCAACAAUUGUAAUAAAGAAACCUAAAAGUUGUAAGAAUCAAAUAAUCAUCUCCGAUUAAAAAUGAUAAACUUAAAAAAUAAAUAAAUAAAGAAAAGAAAGAAAAAAGAAACACCAAAACAUAGAAUUACAAAAAUAAUUACUCCUCCCUCAAAAAUAUAACUCCAACUCGGCCCAGACCAUAAAAUUGAUGUAUUCAAAUUAUACAAAUCAAUUUCUGAUGGUCGUAGCUUUAAACUCUUUCUUCCCUUUCUUCGACUCAAUGUGAAAAGAGAUGAGCAGAAGUCUUGUUGAUCUGGUUCGUACGAGAGCAUUUGCAGCUUCUCUGAUUCCUCCAUUCCCUCUUUUCUCUUCCUACUUCCACAACGAUUGGAGGCCCUCUCAACCCAAGCAGCCCAGUAUAGAUUUCAGUUGUGUUAAACAAUUAGAUGAUGCUAUUCACUUGUUUCACAAAAUGCUGAGAAUGCGGCCGCACCCAUCAGUUGUCGAUUUCACGAAACUGUUGAAUUCCGUCGUGAAAAUGAAGCACUACUCCGUCGCCCUCAACCUGUUCGACGAAAUGCGCCAGAGCGGCGCCCCGGUGAAUGAGUACACAUUGAGCAUCGCUAUCAAUUGCUAUUGUCUUCUGAGACGUGUAGACUUUGGUUUUGCUAUAUUGGGCGUCUUCUUCAAGAGCUGCCACGAGCCAAAUGUCGCUGCAUUCUGCACCCUCAUCAAAGGCCUCUUUUUGGGUGAUAAGGCCGAUGAGGCCGUGAAAUUGUUUGAAAAGCUUUUACGUUUUAGAAUAUGCGAGCCUAAUCAUGUUAUGAUUCUGACCAUGAUAGACGGGCUUUGCAAAGCUAAGCGAAUUGCUGCUGCUAAUGAUUUGCUUCGUAGAUUAGAAACAAGUAGGUGGUGGCCUAAUGUUAAGGCUUAUAGCGCGUUGCUUGACGGCUUAUGCAAGGGUGGAAUGGUUGAUGAUGCCCUCCAACUUCUAUCGAGGAUGAUUCAUGAGGGUGUUCCAAUUGAUGUUGUCACAUAUAACUCGAUGAUUAAGGGGUUGUGCGAUGUUGGUAGGAUGAAGGACGCGAGGGAUCUGUUGAAUGAGAUAGCGGCUUCUAAUAUAUCUUUGGAUGUCGUUACUUUCAGUAUAGUGAUUGAUGCGUUGUGCAGGGAAGGAAAGAUGAAAGAGGCCGAGGAUGAAUUAGGAGUUAUGUUGGGACGGAAUAUCCUUCCCAACAUUUUCGUUUAUAGCGCAUUGAUGGAUGGAUAUUGUUUGCGAGGGGAAAUGAGCAGGGCUCGAGAAAUAUUUGAUUCCAUAGUAGAGAAGGGCCUUAAACCCGAUAUUAUAUGCUAUAGCAGCUUAAUAAAUGGAUACUGCAAAACGGGGAGAGUGGAUGAAGCUUGGCUUCUCUUCCUCGAAGUUCCUUGUAAAGGUUUGGAGCAUAAUACCUAUACUUACAAUACCAUGAUACACGGGUUAUUUAGUAAAGAUAAGUUUGCUGACGGGUGGAAGCUUUUCAAGGACAUGGAAGCUCAACGAGUGAAUCGUGACUUGUACACUUUUAAUAUCCUGUUGGACGGGUUGUGCAGGAACGGGGAGACUGACAAAGCUCUUUUGUUACUGCGCAUGAUGGAAGUGAAAGGAGUUAAUCCUGACAUAGUCUCGUAUGGGGCUUACAUUAAUGGAUUAUGCAAGAAUGGAGAACUUGAUGUUGCAAGAGAUCUUUUCGACCAACUUCCUUCUAGAGGCUUGCAACCCGAUGUUCGCAUGUAUAACAUGAUCAUCGGUUCACUUUGUCGAGAAGGGUCGAUGGAGGAGGCAAAACGUUUGCUUGUAGAGAUGGAGAACCGUGGUUAUGUGCCCAAUAGGGUGACAUACAACAUUGUUGUGCAGAGUUUGUUAAAGAAAAAUGAGCUUCAUAAGGUUGUACCUUUCCUGGAAGAAAUUUAUCAAAAGGGAUUCUCAGCAGGUUCCGAUUCACAAAGUGAAGAUGAUUUGCUAAUGCUUCUGAAAUUGAUGAAGAAUGUUUUGCUCAUGGAAAAUGUAUCAUAGUCCAUUUUGUAUCAUACUACCUUAUAUUCAAUUUUGAAGGUCCAUUUUUUGAAGAACAAA